AUGGCCGAGCCACAGCCCCGAAAUGUCCACGAGGGCGCGACAACGGGCGAUGUCGAAGACGAGCUCCAGUCCACUGCCAAGUCAGCCGAGGACCGCAAAGCCGCCUCCGCCCUCGCCAGUCUCGAUGCCGCCGCCGCCAACGAUGACGCUGCCGGAAGAGAUGUCGAUCAGGAGGCCGUCAACAAGGCCAUGAAGAGCCUUGGGGGUGCGAAAUCUGCACCAGUCCCCGCCGCCGCCCCUGCCAAGAGCGUCAAGGUAGAUGCUGCCGACGUGAGCCUAUUAGUGGAUGAGUUGGAGCUGUCGAAACCCAAGGCCACCGAGUUGCUCAAGGCCCAUGACGGGGACGCCGUCAAGGCGAUGCGGGCUUGGGUCAAGGCCUAA